AUGAUGUUUGCAGAUGGUAUAGCUUUAAUAGGAGAACAUCUUGAAUAUGUCAAGAACACACUUGAGGAAUGGAAAGUAGCACGUGAAGGAAAGAGACUAAAGAUAAGUAGAAGUAAAACAUAGUAUAAGUUUAGAGGAAAAGUACAGCGUAGUUAACAAUACUAAUUAGUAAUAAUAGACGAGAUUUAGAGUUCUAAGAACCUAUGAUCUUUAGAACAAAAAAAAAUGAUUUGGCUGUUAUGAUGAUGUGAAACAUAAUAUUAAGUUUUAUUAGAUAAAAUAGUGAGAAGUGUCAGGUAUUUUAUAUAAUAAGAGAAUUUCAAACUUAAAAAUAAGUUUUAAAAAAUGUGAUGAAACUAUGUUGUAUGUUUGAAAAUGUUGGGCUGUAAACAAAAAAAUAGAACAGAGAAUAAGAGUAGCUGAUAUGAGAAUACUUAGGUGGAUGAGUGGAGUGACGAUAAAAGAUUGUAUAAGGGAUGAGUACAUAAGAUUGUGAUUUUCAAACUCUGUGCGCGGUACACUGGUGUGUCGUGAGCAUUCACUUGGUGUGCUGUGGUUAUUUGACAUUUGAAACCACCGAUUAUGGUGAUCCACUUGAUAAGUAUAAAGUCGUAACUCUUUGAGUACGACUCAUCAAUUUUGUUAUUAGUUCUAAUUUUAUGCAAACAAAUUAAACAAUGACAAAAAAAAAAGAUCUUAACUUUGAAAGUAGAAAAAAUAAGGAAAUAAAAUGAGAUAGUUUAAGCAUGUCACGAGGAUAGAGGAAUCUGAAGUAGUAAUAAUUAUAACGAAAAUAUACGUAGAAGGAACGAUAGGUUGAGAAUCUUAUGCUAACAAUUGGUGUAUGAGAGGUGGGAGAUUGGGUCAAAUGGAAGUUUAAAUUAAGGUUGGCUGACUCCGAAUAGUUAGAAUGAAGGUGAAGGAAAAGAAGAAGAAGAUAGAUGAUAUGAAAUUGACCAAGAGCAGAUUUAGGGUACCAAACUAAUUUUGUAUAAGUUAUAUAUGUAUAGUAUAGUAUAGUUAUAUUUAUAUAAGUUAUAUAUGUACAUUUUUUUUUAUGAAAUAUUUGAAAAUUAUAAUUUUAAAUUAUCUGCUCGAAUUCCAAUAUGAUGGUCGCGUUUCGAUAUGUAUAUAUAUAUAUAAAUAAUAUUAUCAACGUAAUUUUUCAUUAACAAACGAUAGCAAUUUUUCUUCUUCUGUCGGCACGUCAUCGUCGUCACCGAUUGCCACGGCACAAUCUGACAGCGCGGGAUUGUCAGGCGAGUGCAUAAUUUUGACAUUUCUAAAUCCUCUUAAUCUACCAGUCCAUUAUACGGGUAGGUACCCUCGUACACUGGAUACUGCGGUUGUUGAGCGGGUUUUCAUCUCACUUCAUUUACCCCGACGGUGUUGUUGGAUUAUUAUUAUAAUUAUAAAUCGCUAGUUAGUAAAAUAAAAUAAAAAACGGCCUCAAGAAUAACUCAUUCAACAAAAGUUGUUUAAAUAUUAGGAGAUUUAAGAGUAUCUAAAAUCGUUUGUUGAUACGAUUUUAUAAAUAUUUUUAUAAGGAAAAAAUAAAAUAAAAAUAAUAAUAAAAUAAUUGUCUACUAUAUUUUUUUUGACCAAAUUAUUAAAUUUCAUUUAUUCAAUUGAUGACAAAAUAUUACUACUUAUCUUUUAUAUUUUAAUCGGGUUAAAAGUGACUAAAAAUACUUUAUAAAUUCAAAUAGGUAAUUAUAAAUAAUACUUAAAUAAUACCAGGAUAUUUUCGAUAUUUUACCACAUCUAGAGUACUAGAAUGAGCCUUUGUGGACAUUUUAGGUCACUAGGAAUACUUUUCAUUAAUUUACAACAAAAGAACAAAAAUGGUUUUAACAGAAACUAUUGUUCCGUAAAAGUUUCUGUUUUCCAAUUAUUUUUCCUAUAUAUUAUUGUUGAAAAGUAAAUAGAAAAUUAAAAAAGGUCUAAUUCUAGUUCAAACUAGUCAAAAUUUUCUACCAAAAAUCACGUCUAGUAUUUAUUUAUUUUUAUUAUUGGUCUUAAUAAAAAGCUCUCAAAAGCGAACAGUUGCUCCUAAUACCACCCUUUAAUAUGCCUUUACUGUGGAGACUUUAUAUUUUUUUGAAUGCUUGCAGCUCACGAUCAACAUAUUACAUAAAAGGCUUGUUAAUAAAAACGUAUUUUUUAAUAAUAUAUGUAUAUUGUAGUACAUAAUCGUAUUGGACAUUGUAAUAUUAACUAAAUAAAUAAUAAACCUAUCAUACAUCAUGAUACAACAGCGAUUAAAUUUGAAUAGAUAUUCAAUAUAAAUAUUUUGUCUAGUCGUUGCGUUGGAAGAUCAUUUUUUCUUCUAGUUUUCCUUAUAGUCGUAAAAAACGUGAGAAAUCUACGACAAUUUACAGAAUUACCAUUUUAUUAUUUUUAAACGUAGGUAUGAAAAACGUUUUAAAACGUAUGAAAUUGAAAUUUAGAAUACUGUUUCCUCUAAUGCUCUAGAUGUGCAAUAAGUCGUAGUUUUAAAAUAUAUUGAAGUUAAACCGAUUUAUUAUACGUUUAAGAGGAUUUCAUCGACAAUUUGUAUUAUUCAGCGUAGAGCCUGCUGGUUACUGUUCGCCGACUACUUGUGACCAGUCCGUCAAUUACGCGUAUUUAUUUUGUGUGACUAACAAUAAGAUAUGAAUUGUUUCAAGAGGUUUAUUAAAAAAACAUAAAUAAUCCCGUAUAUAUGUUUGUAACUCAUAUUACAACAAGACACAUCCACAACAGGAAUUCCAAUUCACAAUCUUUGUUUGAACAAUAUGAUUCAAGUAAUGCAUUUGUGUAAUUUCAUGCUAACACAAUUUGACGUUAUGAUACACGACUUAUGGUGAACACCUUAAAUAGAGACGCAAAUUGAAGCAACUGUAUUUUAACAGGCUGUGGCUUACAAAUGUAGAUUUAAGGAGUUCUGUUUCUCAACUAUCUUGAUAGUUUGGCAUUACUUCACAAGAACUAAAAACAUUUUAUGCAAGGAGGUUUUAUAAAAACACCAUGGAGUUCUGAUUUAGGUAUAAAAACUGUUAAAACCUAGGUAUUAAUAUCCAAGUAUACGCACCAGGGAUAUGCUGGGAAUGGCUAGGCUUUAAAUAAUACAGGGUAGAAAUUCGUUAAAAAUUAUGCCCUGGGAAAAUCUGUUUUAUGCGAAACUGCGGGUAAUUAAGCUAUUAUUAUAAAUAUUUAUUUAUUCAGGAAACGAGUUUCUUUUUUUUAAGAAACGUGGAACAGGUACGAAUUUCUUUUUAAAAGCAGCUUUCCCAAUACCGUGUAUACCUAUUACCAACAAUACAAUGGUUUUAGCCUAAAAACCAUCUGAUACCAUUUCGUUAAAUUAUUAUUAGGUAUUACGGGAUCUAUAACACAAUUAUUUCUAUCUUGAAAUCCCAUUAUAAGAGCUUUAUUCUCGUAAGUCGUAGGGUACUAGUACAAAAUUAAUUGUUUUUCAAUUAAUAAUAUUUUGGAAAAAUAAACGUAGAUAGGAUAGGAUAUCAAACAACAAACUGUAUUUCAGUGCGAUUAUAAGUGUAACUUAACGUUUUGCAGUUUAUCGAUUCCGUCAGACACAACCGGAUAUUAUUAUUACCUAUUAAUUCCGCCGAGAGUGUCCAUUCCACCCUAAUUUAUCGGGUAUUAAUUCCGUCGGAAUAAUGUUUCGAUUUCUGUAUGUAUUAUAAUGGAUAAUACGCACUGUAUUUUGGCCGAAAAACAAUUUUGUGGGUCAAAUUAUUAUAACUAUAACUAUUAUUAUUAUUGUUAUUAAUAUAAUUUUCGCUACACAAACACCGCGGAGUGCCAAGAACACGUGAACAAUGAUGAAUUAUAAGUAUUUGAUUAUUUAUAUUAAUAUUAUUAUUAGUAUUAUACUAACAGAUCUAAGCGAGUGAACUAAAACGUUGAAGAAAUAGGAAGAGAAUUAUAAAAAACGAUUACAGUCAUUCCAGUGGUGCACCAGAGUCGGAUUAAUGAAUUCAACGGCUUAGGGCUCAAGAUUUAUUCGAUUUCGGGAACCCACGUUUUUCAAUAAAAAAAAACAUACAAAUUUUAGAAGCCCCAGGAACUUUUGUAUGUCGAUCGUAGUAUUUAUUAUGGAGUACCAUAAGGAAUAUUAUAUUUAUUUGAAGGUGUAAGUAUUACCAUAUCUAUUUCUGAUAUUUGUAAGUUGGUUUCAUUUAAUGACGCUGCAGUGUAAUUGACCUAUUGUCUUGCUCUAACUUUUUUCUUGGAGGGAUUCCAAUACAUCUGAACGGUAAAAUUAUAAUUUUAUUGAUGAUAUAUGAGACACUAUCAAAGUUAGUCUUACAUACUUAUCAAAGAUAAGUAUCAACUCCAACGAAUAAGUUUAUUAAUAAUAUAGUAAGGAUUACAAUUAAAUAUAUUUGAAGUUAAAAAAAAUAUAUAUAUAAUUAAUCCAUCAGAAAUACAGUCACAGCAAUGUUUUAGUGACAAUAAUGACAAAGAGUAUAACUUAUAUUUUAUAUUAUCAGAGCGAAAAAAAAAUGCUUUGCCCCGGGCAUUUUAAUGUGUCGCUACGCCACUGCUAUUCUUAUAUUAGGCACUUCCUUGACGUGGAAAAAUUUUUUCAAAUCAUUUUCCUAAUUUUUGAGACAUUUUAAAUUAUUUAAAUACUUUGGUUAUUAUUUGAUUUCAAAUUAUAUCUGGCUAUUAACAAUAUUAAACAAUUUUCACAUAAGGUUUCAUCAAAGUUACAUUUCGAUUAAAAUCUUACAAAACACAGAAUUUUACGUACGAUUUUCCUAUUUAGGUGAAUAAAAACUUUUUGGCCCACCAAAAAUGCUGAACAAUUUGAGAUGAAAAACGCCAGGACAAUUGUAAAUUAUGUCCGUUUUUUUUCUGUAUUGAUACAUUUUUAGUACGACUCGUCUUUUACAGUACGAAUUUCUCAAUAGGCAUCUUAUUUAGUUUUGUUCGAAGGUUCACUUUGAUUCAAUCAACUACAUAUUGUGAUUGAUGAAUACAAAAAAAUACCUCGUAUUUGACGACUACAAAUAUGGUAGGAAGUUAAGGUUACGUCACAAUGGAAAAACAUUAAAAAAAAAAAAAAAAUAAUAAUAAUAGAAUUACGUGAUCGCGGGGAAAACAUCUCCCGAGCUUUAAUAAUACGACUUUCUUAUUCGAUAAAAAAGUUGCACUCAAUAGUUUAUAUAAAAGUUUAUAAUUCAGGUAAAUACAAUUAAUUUUAAUUAUUAUUUUUAUUUACACUUCGUGGACAGAAGGAAAUUUUAUUCGAAUUUUAAUCUGUUGACAACUAUUGCUGCAAUAACAAUAAUAAAAUAUGUCCUUAGAAUUUGGAAUUUAAUUUACAUUUUAUUUAUUAACACUGAACAAAUAGAAUAGAAAAUAUUAUUAUAACCAUGUAAGUAUUUUUAAUAUUAACUUGUGCCAAGUUUGACACUGUUACAGUGGUGGAUCCAUGGGGUUGCGAGCAAUAGAGUAUUUUGACCCUGCUUUCAAAAAACCGAAAUAUAGUAUGAUUUUUUCUCGUAUUGUGGUGAAAUAUACAUUAAGAUGCAUUGUUGUAAAUGGUUUUGCUACCCCCCUCUAAAAAAAAAAAAAAAAAAAUGAAAAUAUAAGGUCUGUAUCUGCCAUUGACUCGUAGACUCGCAGGCGUGAUGGGAUUCGUGACGCGGUUUCUUUGCGGAUGUGAUAUGUUUUGCGUAUUUUUUAAAUUUUUUGUACGACUAAACAUGAAUAUUAAUUUUUUCCCAAUAUUAAAAUCGUAUUUGUAACAAGAGUAUUAAAAUACGGAUCAUCUACAUGGUGGUGUCGAUAAAAGGACGUAUUAAAAUCGUUUCAUGCGAUAAUUUACACUCUCACGGUUAUUAUAUUAUUUAUUGCUUGUACGAACUCAAAAAUACUCGUAUAAUUUGUGCGCAACAAACACGCACACUAUAUUGCAGUAUAUUUUAUAGAAAUAAAACGAUAAUAACUUUGAAAAUCUUAUUAACAUAAAAAAAUGCAUUUUUGUAUGAAAAAUACUACCUAAUACAGGGUGUCCCAUGAAGAUUAUAUUCAUUGCAAUAUCUCCUGAGAAAGAAAGAUAAUCGGUCUGUUUAUUUUUAUAUAUAUAUAUAUAUUACUCACAUAGAUAAGGACUACAAAUAUGUACAUUUGAAUUAAAGUUUUUAUAUUUUGAUAAAAAUUACUUUGUAUUUUAUAAUUUUUUAGAGUAUUUUUUUUAAAAAUGUUGACGUAUGAACUUUUUAUUUUCAUUAAGUUCAGAGAAAAUAACUUAUAACUUUGCAGCAGACUGUAAUCGAAUUCGUUAAUUGACUAAUAUUAUUUUUCUUAAUUGACUGAGUAAUUUUUUUCUUUGAACUUUAAAAAUUUAUUAAAAAUCAAGAAAUCUAAUGAUAAUAAAAAUUGGUACGUUAAAAUGUUCAAAAGAAUAAACUCUAUAAAAUGUCCAUCCUCAAAUUUUUUAAAGUAAUAAAAUAAAAUUUGUUUAUCAAAACAUUAAAAAAAUAAUUGAAACAUAAAAAUAUCUGUAGCCUUUAUCCCUGUGAAUAUAUAUAUAUAUAUAUAUAUAUAAAAAAGAGAAUUUGAUUAUUUUCAUUAUCUUUAUUUAUUGUGGGAUACCCUGUAUAUUUUACUGAUUAACAUCAGUAAAAUAUAACGUUUUAAUAAAACAUCUUACACUUUUACGAGGCGGUGGGUGGGAAGAAAAUCGCCACGUGUACACGUGCACAAGCGCUUAAAAACCGACUUUGGUUUAUUACUAUAAUAUUAGGUCGUUUCAUCGGAAACGAGCAUUUGCAUAUAAGCGUAUUUUUUUUUGUUGUUUUUUUCCUCCACCAGAUAAAUCGGAAGAGAAAAAGACAUUUACCAGAUUUAUUUUAACCAACUCCCAUGUUCUAUAAUAUAACUACACCAGAAAUUAUUGUAUCAAUAUAAAGCUUAUAAGUUUGUAGGUAUUGCAGUUUGUAAUAAUGUAGGUAGUAUAUUGUUCGUAUUAUUCGUAAAUAUAUUGGAAUUGAAUAACUUGUAAAGAGAUACGUGGAAGACGAGAAUAUUAGAAAGAAGAAAAUCAAUUUUUGUUCUUGAGGACAGUUAAGAAUCAUUUGUAGGCAAAUGCUAUUCGGUGAAUAUUCAAUAUAAUCACAUUUUCUACAUUGAAUAUUACCAUACGUAAUUUAAAAUUCAAGAAAAUUUAAUGUUUAAAACACAUACACAUACAGAAACUAAUACGCUUAUAUACAUACUACAAACACAUAUUUUGAAAAUAUACACGACACUUAUGCAAUAAAUUUACUUAUGUAAACCAAAAAAUAAAUGCCAAAAUUGACUUAAGUCCUUCUUCUUCGAGAUCUUAAUAUAAUAUAAUGUAAUACCAUCAUGUCUAUAUUGUUAUUUCGGUUCUGGCGUUUUCCGGUGAUAGAUUUAAAUGUUCAAAACAAUGUACUUGGCGUUUUUUUAUUACCAACUUGUGUAAUUGCGUACAGUUAUAAUAGCUGCAAGAAAAUGAAUCGUUUGAAAAUUCGAGUACUCAUAUCGAUAUCAAAAUGGGUGUAUACACACAGACGCAUAUUAUUAUACAUACAUUUAUUUUAUACCUAAGUAAUAAAGUUACUCUACGUGACUUAUUUUAAAGGCGAAUGUGUUUUGGGCGUUAUGGCCGAGUUCUUAUAUAGAAAAAUUAUUAUUAAUAUCCGAUCGGAAGUUUCUGAACUAGUAAAGUCUCACGUAUACGCGAAUCGAUCGCGGUCCAUUAAUAUAGUCAACAUAUUUACUGCACCUAAAUUGUACUAUCUUAUAGAAUCCGAUGGACGAGUUAAAUUCGAACGAAAUAUUUUAAUCUCAAACAGAGCGAAAUAGACGUGAAGAACGCGGAACAUCGAUUUCAAACUUUCACGGUAAUAAAUUGAUUACAACACAUUGAUAAUAUUAUUCAGAAACACAAAUAAUCGUCAACACAUUUUAAAUACUUUUGCAUGAGAUAAUUAAGGUAUUUUAUUAAAACUAUUAAUUAUUUUCUUUAAAGCAUUUUGUGUUUUUUUGAUGUUUAUAUUAUAAUUCCAUUUUUUUUUUUUUUUUGAUUGUCCAACUUUUCAAUAAUAGAGUAAAUUCGGUUAAGUGUAUUUUCUGCGUUGGCGUUACUCGAAUUCCUCGAAACCGACCAAGAGCAUUCAAUUUAAAAUGCAGGCGUAUUUUGUUUCUUUUGUCCACCUUUAUCUACUAUUAAUUAUUUCUAUACAUAGAUAGGUAGUACUGUACCCUGUCUCUUUGAUGGUGUCCAGAUUUUAUUAAAGAAACGAACCAUUGCAAAAUUAUUUGCGAAAGAAUAAAUCUGUUUUUUUUUUUUAUACCAGGAUAUCCAUUAUCUAUCGUAAUCUAUUAUAAAAGAAAAUUAAAAAAAAAAAAGAGUUGAUACUGCUGAUGGAUGUGCCAUUAUUAUAGGUGGAAGUGGGGAACAAAGGAUACAUAAAAUAAUUUAAUUUAUAUCUGUAAGCAACGAUGAACCAUUGUUAACGAAAAAAGUUGCUAAGCAAAGUUCGUUUAUAUAUGAUUUGAAGGCUAUCAUAUUUACGAUAUUUAUCAAAAUUUGAUCUUAAAACGCUGAAAAAAAAUAGCUCCCUGGCUACGCACCGAAUCUAAACAAAGUUGGAGUGCACACUUUAUUUACUUAAAGGAUAAAUACAAAACUGAUGUAUAUUAGUACAUUUGCAUCUUGGGCAAAUGGACACUGUAUUAUUGCGGUGUCCACAUCCUUCUUUGAAUUCUGAUAUGAACCGUAAGGAGCUGUCAAUAUGUGUAUAUACGGAUUUACAAAAUCAAAUUUCAAGAGGGGGGGGGGUAUUAAGAUUGUACACUUUCAUAUUCUUAUAACAAAGAAUUUUACAUAGGAUUAUUUAUUUUUCAUUAAAAAUGUUAAUAUUUUAUAGCAUUCAUUUUUAGUGUUUUACUAUAAUAUUUACCUAUUACUCAAUUUUACAAUUAAUAUUUUUUUAGUGAAUACAGCUUAAAUGAUAACGUAAUUCAUAUUUUUGUGGUGAUAAUGCGGACUAUGUGAUAUCACCGUAUCAGUUAUAAUAUUCUAAAAGCAAGAAAACUACAAAUAAUUAUAAAUAAUAGUAAUAAUAAUAUAUACCUACUAAUGUAGUAGUGUUUUAGUAAUAAAAUACAAAUAAAACUCUAAUUGUAUUUAUCUUUCUCUAUGACAAAAACCACUUUUAAGACUUUAUUAAAAAUCUACUUUCAUUAUUAUUUUCAUGAAAUUUCGGGAGGGGAGUUGAACCCCUAAAAAUUCCUUUUGUACACGCUGUAUAUCUAAUCCUAUUCACUUAUUCGGAGUAGGAAAUCUAAAAUUUACCUUUGCAACAAAGAUCAAAAUCAAUAUUUUUAAUCUACCAAAAGUAAUAAGUUGUUGUUGAAAGUCCUAAUAAGUAUAUAAUUAUUCUUACAGGUGCAACUCGUAAACAAUUGCCGAAAAACUCUGGACGCAACUUGGUCGUAUUGUGCAAAAACCACGGACCUAAUUCGAUUGUUGCAAUGGACAUUUUCUUUCUUAGUGACGUAAUUCAUAUGUAGCCAGUAUUGAACCAAGUUAGAUAAAAUGUGAGACGGCUCACGAGAGAUAAUGUGACGAGUAUAUACCGUUGAAUUAUAUACCACCAAAAUAUCCACUAAAGCAUUAUUACAAGUUCGUUUAAAAAAAAUUAUAUUUUUAUGUAUGAUCGAAUUUGUUUGAUGGAUUGAGACGUCAUUUUAUACACUGUCCAAAUUUAAAAGUCAAAAUUCAAGUUUGUGUAGCUUUUACAGAGAGCAUUGAAAAUAAAACGUCUUUCUUUAGCGAUUGGUGAAAAUGUCAUAUAAGUUAUCGAAAGUUUUCAAUAUUUAUAAAGUAGAUUUAUUUUUAUUGAAAACUAAUAUUUUAAAGAGCUUCUAAAAAAAAGUUGAUACUGCCACUGGAAUGUAGGAUACAUAAAUUUAUUUAAUUUAUAUCUGUACGCAACGAUAAAUCGUUGAUGGUGACAUACGAUUCUGAGCGAAGUUCAAGUUCGGUUAAACAUGGUUUGAAAUACCGUUAUUUUUAAAAUUUUGGUUAAAAUUUGAUUAUAAAAUGUUUUAAAAAAAAAUUUAUAUUACACUCAGGUAUUUUUAAACACUAACUAAAACUUAUAAUAAACCUUGUGUUAUAUUUUCAAGUAAUUCUAUAAGACUAAAUAAUUUUACUCAGAUAAAAACUAAUAACAUAUAAUGAAACUCGAAAAUGUCAAAUCAUACCCAUAAAUAGCUAAAAAAGCGCCGGAACGUGUUGAAAAAAUUUACCUCAUGUGUUAUUUUACCAUUUUUUUCCUAUUAUUAUAAAAACUACUUGAAAAAUUAAAAAAUGACCUUUUAAAUGCACUACUUAGACUCUAAUUGCUACAAAAAGCAUGGUUUUUAUUUUUUGAUUGGAGCAAGAUUUCUGGCGGAAAAAUAUAAAACAUAAAAAUAUAUAUAUAAUUAAAAUAGUUGCAUACACUUAAAAUCUAGACAUAAAAAAAACUAUUUAAGGUAAAUCACUUGAGAUUAAAAAAUUAUCAAUAUCUAUUGGUACUGAAUGUAUAAUAAUUUAGAAAUUUAAUUGAAAUCAUAAGUCAUAUGUCAUAUACAUUUUUAUCUAGAAAAAUCGUUGUUUCAUGCAAAAUGUAUCAAAUGGAAUAGAAGUCUCAGUAAUCAUUUUUUUUAAAAACUAUUUCCACUUAAAAAUAGCAUUAGUAUUUUUACCGAUUUUUUAUCAUAACUCUGAGAAUUCAGAAAAUGAUAAAGAAUACAGAUUAAUGUACUAUCAAUUUCGUUAAGACACUUUGUGGCCGUUUUGUCGACAGGAUUUUCUUCAAUUAUUCCGUAAAACACAGUGAUGGGUAUCAUUUUAAUUGUGAAUUUCGCCUAUUUCUUUAAACAAUUUUCAGUAUUAUUUCGUAAGGGAAUAUUUUAUUUUCAAAACUUUGGUAAUAACUAAUUCAUUUUUGUAAGUGCCUAUUAAAAUGUAUAUUCAAAUGCGCACGUGUAUCUAUAGUACUUAUAUUUAUCCAACUUACAAAAGCUUAGUUUGCAGUAUUUUGCAUAAUAUGUUAUAAGUAGUCAUCGUCGAUGCUGUAUUAUUUGUAUUCUCGAUGGACAAUGAGUAUAAUAAUGGUAGGAAGAUGUUUUUCUGGCAUCACGAUCAUUGUCAAAUAAAUGAAUGUUAUUGCUAUUGUUAUUUUGUGCAUUAUACGUUAUUGGUAUGCGUUUUGUAACUAAAAUGGAAAGAAUCUAGUAGGUGUUUUAUUUUUAUUUUUAAUUAUUAUUCAAGUGAAAUACGGUAACGUACAAAAAUAUUAUUUUUAUAUUUAAUCUAAAAAAUAAUAUCAAAAGUCCUGAAAACUUGUAAUUCAUAAAAUUAUAAUUUCAACAAAUUUUUGAAUUUAAUGAUACAUAGGAUUUUUAAAUAGAUGUUGAAAUCAUCUAUGAUUUUUUUAUUUUAAUGGUAUUUCUACACGGUGAUCAAUCUAUCAUAAGAUACUCAUUAUCUCGGAAAUUAUUAACUUUUUCCGGAAUUUGUUAUAAAACAUUUAAGAACUAAGUAGCUCUAAUAGUUCUAUAAUUUUAAAUUUACGUUAUUUUUUGUCAGCUUUAUUUGCAGGGGUAAAUACACUACCUAUAGUUUUAAUUUUUAAAAUACAACAUACAUUACAAAUUCCACAAAUAGAUGAAGUAUUGGUUAAAAAGAAUUUUAGCGUUGACAUUUUUGAUUUUCGUCAAUCCGUUGAUGAGGUAGUCCACUUUUAAAUUUGCAUUGGUGGAGAGUAGCACAGUAUCAUUUGUGUGGUGGAACGGCGCAGGACGUUUUAAUAAUGGACUACUACCCUCCCUGGACCUAAACUAUAUUUAUAGAAUACAGGAUACCAUAUUAAAAUUAAACGUAUGUAGCAAUUUUAUCACCAAAAAUAAGGGUAACAAAAUAUAACAUAAAUGUAAAAUUGUAAAGCUGCUUGUUUCUUAAAUAUUUUUUAAAACAAGUUCUGAAAAAAGUUAAUGUUUUCCGAGAUAAUGAAUGUCUUACGAUGGAUUGAUUACUCUGUGUAUUAUAGUAAAUGUCAAAAGUAAUAUUCACAUGCUAUAAAUGCAAGUGUAUAAAAUAUAUAAAAUAUCAUAUUGUAUUAUUUUUUGUUUAUGAUUUUAGUUUAACUUGAAUCUAAUAACUUUUUCCACGUUAUUAUUAUAGGUAAUAGUUGCCUACCUAUCUAGACCUGCAGUUAGUGACCAUUAAGAUUUAUUGAUAAUAGCGAUUGGGUACCUAACCUAAUAAAAUUAUAUUGAAGUUUUUUGUAAAUUAGCUACGUACAAAUUAGGUAUAUGCGAAUAAACAUUUGGAGUAUUCAAAUUGUAAAUUCACACGCUGAAUCGCGUGUUGGCCGGUUAUCGAGUGCAAUACGAAUGAGAGUAGACAAAGAAAACCAUUGCGAUUAAAAAUGAAUGAUACAAAAUUGAAACCUUAAAUGUUUACACAACAAUAAUGUGUAAUUACUCAAUUUUUUGGUUUACAUUUGCACGGUGCAUUGUGAUACGUAGGCAUAAACAUGCCUAAAUUAAUGCAUGACACGAAUUUUGAGGAAGGUCAUGAAAAAGGGUAUAAGUUAAAUUUUAUAAAUUUUAUAACACAUUAAACUAGAGAUACCAUAGAAAAUACUUAGUAUAUAUUCUCACUAUGUUAGAUUAUCCGAAGUCUGCAAAGUGAGUAUCUAUGUAAUAUUAUUUGUGUGCAAAUUAAAUUAAUUUUAAUUCACAGUUCCCUAACUAGAACAAGAAUUGUACAAGAAGUUUCAAUAAUGUUUUGAAGAAAAAAACUCCUAUAUAUAGGAAAACUCAGAAUCUGAUAUACACAAAGUGCAUAAAAUUAUGAAUCAUGGUAAUCUUUUCCUAGUCAGUAGUCGUUACCAAACAAUUUAAUUUAUCUUUAUUUGUUUAAUACAGGAUAUAAGUAACCUAUAUUAUUAAAACAAUAGGGAGUAAUAAUAAUGUAGUAUUUUUUAUUUUUUGAAUAAGCGUUUUAAGAUUAAAUCUUGAUGAAAAUCGUAAAAAUUGUGAUACUUAAAAAAAAUGUUAAUUGAACUAUCAGAAUGGUUUUUCUUUGGCCAUAAUUUAUCAUUGCGUAUUAAUACAAAUUAAAUAACGUUGUGUUGCCUACCUUUUCAGCUUUCCACCUACAACAGUGACACACUAUUCAGUAGUAUUAAUUCCAUUUUUUUUUUAUGAUCUAUACUUAUUGAAUAAGUAUUUAUUUAGAAAUAUUAAAAUAAUACACAACUUUCCGAAACUAAUAUCUAAAUUAAAAUAUAUCAAAUAGUAGUUUCAAAUAUAUCUAUACCAUAUGACCAUAUUUAGGAAAGUCGUAAGAUACCUAGAAUAUUUUUACUAAUUGAAAUACAAUUGUACAGGUAAGUAUAUAACCUUAGCAAAAGAAUUUUUAUUUAGUCCACGUAUUAUGCAUAUCGUGUUACUUAUCAUUUAAUAUCAAUAGAUGCCUAAGUUCACUUCAUUUAUCCUGACUUAACCACCUUUUAUUUUUUUUAACGUGCAUUUCUAAAAUAUUUCCAAUAAUUUGCUAAAAGUGUUUGGAAUAUUUAUAAAUAAAAUAAUACUACUUUUUCUAUUUUUUCGAAUAUUUAAACUGAAUAUUUUUAAAGAAUAUUUUAUCCAAGUCUUCGAAAGUAUCAAAUAAAUUUAAAAUUUGAGAAUCAAUUAUCUUGUAGGUGUUUAAAAUGCUGAUUUUAAAAAAACCAGGAAAGCGUUGGAACUUAGAAGAAAAUCAAUAUUUACAUGACAAUGAUUACAGACUAGAGUACAUUACCAAACAUCCAUAAGGGUGAGCUUAAUGCAUAUAUAUGGCUGAUAUGGCUUACUUAGCGAGAAUUAACAAUAUUAAUACUAUUUCCUUAGUUUUUCAAUGAUAUGAAUAGAGUAUUCAGUCAUAUUUAUAACACAACUACGUAGGUAUAUUGAAUUAGCGGUUGUGUAUUAACAUUAUUUAUUAAUACUAUAGUUAUAUUUAUACAAGUUAAGUUACCUUACAUAUUUACAACUUUCAAAACUUAUAUUUUCAAUUUACAUAAAAAAACGAAUGUUUAGAUUGAUAUGAGAGGAGUGAAAAAAUUGUAAAUCUGUGUCCAGUAAUAAAAAUAUUGUGUUAUGUUUACAGAUUGUAAAUUUACUAUGAAAAAAGUGUCAUAUAAAUGAUAAAAUAAAAACGAUUUCAAUAUAACUCUUGAUUAUGCAAAAACAUUUUUUUCAAAUAGAUGACAUUGAAUAAUUUUCGAUAUGAAUAUAUUUACUGAAAUAAGGCCAAACAUUGAAAAUUAUCGUAAUAACUAUAUUUUUAGCCAUAGUUGUACGAGUAGAAUAUAGACCAUUAUUGAAUCUACAGAAUCAAAUAGAUAUUUUGAUGCUGAUGACAAUAGAAAUAAAUGAACUAGAAAAACAUCAUGUAUGAUUUAGCAAUGUUUUUGAUAACACUAAGUGUAAUACUUGUAUUUUAAAAUUCAAAAAACGACUUCUUUCCAAAUCCCUCAGUUGUCAGUAUCUAACAAUAAUAAUUCACCAAAAUUAAAUUAUUCACAUACAAAUAAAUCAAUUUUUGUUACUAUGUAUUCACUUAUAUGAUUCUAGGGAGAAUACAAAGUGUAUUCUAGAGCGAUUAUGCAAUGUAGAUAAAUAGAAAAUAUAUUUUGAUCUGAACAAAAUAAUUAAUAACGCGUCUGAGAUUAGAGGUAAUAUUACAUUAAAGAAACAAUUGCGCAAUUCAACCGAUGUAAGUUAACACAAAUUUAAACAUUAAAAUAUUUCAUUUUUGUCUAUUUAAGCAUCUAUUAAAAAUAAAUAUGUAGUUAUUAAUUAUAUUAUAAGAAUUUCAAAACUUUUUAAUUGUUUUCAAUUGUGUAUAUUAGUUUCAUUAGCUUUCUAAAAUAAUGUAUAAAGUUGAAGCUUUAGUGCGAGUAUAUUUAAACUCACUUAUCUCAGAAAUUAUUUGGCCAAACAAACAUGACAUGCACAAAGCCAAAGACAAAGACAUUAUGAUAUUGCCUAACUAUAAUUAUAGAGAAUAUAUUAUAUUUGUUAUUAGAUGUUUAUGAAUAUAGCUGUCUAAGACGCACUUGGUGGUUGGAAAGAAAAUGCUUCUAUUUUCCGAAAAUCCAAAACAUGUACAUCAAUUAAAAAUUGUUGGAUAUAGGUGCAACAUUGCCAAUAGAAUUUAGGAAGAAUAUUGAUUAUAAUGGGUAUUGUACAAUUUCCCCUGUAAAUAAAAUUAUACCAGACCUAUUAAUGCUAUAUUCAUAAAAUAUAUUUACAUUCGGGGGGUAUACUUUUUAAGUAGUUUAGAUGUCACGAGAUUAUUAGCAAAUGAAAAUAUCACAGAAACAAUUCUUUAAUGCGACGUAGCAACACGAAUUGAAUUAUUGAAGAAAAAAAAAAUCAAAUGUCAUUUAUUAAUUUCGUAUUAGAAAUUAAACGUUCUCGAGGAACCUUAUAAAUUGUUUAAUUUGUAUGUUAUAAGUCAUAUUAUUAUUUACAUAAGUAACAAUUACUUACAACAUAUAACGAAAUUGUGGUUAGGAGAUAAUAUGGAUUAACUGAAGUGGUGCACGUUGUUAACUUAUAUAGUUUGUCACGUGUUUUUAAAAAACUAAAAAUAAAAUUAUGGUAUUUAUUCAUUUUUUGUUUAAUUUAUGUAAAAUAGUUCAAAUUCUGAGCGCAGUGAACAAUGUAUCAGCUUAACUAUGAUGAUAAAUGGUGUAAUCUUUUUCUGUUUUUUUUUUCCUGGAAAUCUUGUUCCGAUCAUCACAAUUGAUGUAUACAUUCUAAUACCAAAUGUACAGUUCACAUACUGAUGCGGACAUUUUUUUUAGUAUUGUACCUAUUUUCUCAUUUUCCUACAUUUUUUCUGGUUUCCCAAAAUAAUUUACCGGUUAUUCCCAAAUUACUGGGAAAAUUCUUGGGAUAUUCGAAAAAUAACCUCCUUAAAGUACACCUACAGUUUGAUUUCCUUUCAGAAAAAGUGCUAUACUUGCAAAUCGGAACAAGAUUCCCGGUAAAGAAGUUGUCCACCGAAAAGAUAUCAUCAUUUUAAACCAUUUAAUUUUUCAUUCCACUCGGAAUCUAUAAAAGCAAAAAAGAGGAGGUGUAAAUUUUAUUUUGCAUCUAUUGAUUGGUUGAAUUAUUGUUAUUUUGCGGUUAUUGACAAUAUGUAUACUAUUUCCUUGGUUAUUCAACGAUAAUUCUACAGUACAUUUCAAAAACGGUUGUUUGAUAAAAUAUUUUAUUGUUAUAUAACAAUUAUUACAUUCUAUAAAUUAAAUUACCUAUGUUUUACAUUUAUGAUAUUGUAAAUACAUAUUUUUUUUUACAUAAAAUGUUAAAAUUUCCGAGCCGAGUGGAAAAAGUUUAAAUGUGAGCUCAGUAAUAGAGAUAAUAUUACAUCGUAUUUAAAGAUUGUAAGUUCAUUGUAAUACAAGAUAACAAACGAUUUAAAAAUAAUUAGGUACAAACGCAAAAAUAAUAUAGCAUACAGAUGGUAUUGAAUCAUAUUCGAUAUCGAAAUAAUUACAGAAUUAAGGUCAAACAUUGUAACUUUAAAUAAUAACUUUAUUUUUAAUCAUAAUUGUACAAGUACAUUAUAUAUGAGUACUUAUUGAACAUUUUACAAACACAAAAAAUAAUAUUGCAUACAGCUGGUACUAAAUCAUAUUCGAUAUCGAAAUAAUUACAGAAUUAAAGUCAAAAAUUGUAAAUUUCAAAAAUAACUUUAUUUUUAAUCAUUAUUGUAUAGGUAUACUAUUUAUGAGUACCUAUUGAACCCAUGUUAAAUGCAAACAAAAAUACAAACACGAAAGAUAUGCAGUUUUUAAUAAUAUUUUUGAUAUUAAUAAUACCAAGUGUAAUAGCGUUAAAUGUAAAAAACAUCUUUUUUCCAAAUCUUCCAGUUGUAAGUAACUAUUAUAAUUCACCGACAUUAAAUUUUUCACAUACGAAUGUACCAAUUUUGUUGCUAUGUAAUUAUUUAUUUAACCUUCUAGGGAGAAUACAAGGUAUAUCUCAGAGCGAUUAUACAAUGUAGACGAAUAGAACAUAUUUAUAUAUAUAAUUUAUAUUUAAAUAAAAUAUCAAAUAACGCUUCUGAAAUUAGAGGCAAUAUUACAUUAAAGAAACAAUUCGACGAUUCAAUCGAUGUAAGUUCAAAUAAAUUUAAAUUUUAAAAUAUUUAAUUUUUGUUUAUUUAAGAAUAAAAAUAAAUAUGCAGUCAUUUAUAAUGAUAUAGGAUUUUCGAAACUCUUCAAUUUUUUUCAACUUUGUAAAUAUUAGUUUAAUUAGCUAUUUAAUCUUAUAUAUAAAUUAUAAAAUAAUAUAGUAAAAAUAAAAUUAUUAAAGUGUUUAUUACUUAUAAAAAAAUAAAGUAAAUAAUUAUAGUAAAUAAAUAGACAAAUAAAAAAAUGUAUUUAUAAAAAUAAAAUAAAUAAAUGGAUCAAUAGGUCGACUGGAGUAUUAAACCGCCGGUUUGAAUUGAAAAUGCAUCAACAGGUAUCACAGUCAAAAUAUGAAACUCGACUGAGUAUAUUUACUUACUAAAGUUAUUAAUUUCAUUUAUGUAUAAAGUUGAAGCUGUCGUACGAGUAUAUAUAGACUCACUUAUCUCAGGAUCUGUUUGGCCAAAUAAACAUGAUAUGUAUAAACAUGUAUAUCAAAGGCAAAGAAUAUAUUAUAUUACCUAAUUAAAAUUAUAAUUUAACAUUUAAUACAGUUAUAAUAGUUAUAAUUACAUAUUAUGUUAUGGUUGUAAAAUUAAAUAAAAAACAUUUGAUUAUAGUUGUCUAUGAAUAUGGCUAUCAAAGACUCAAUCGGAGGUUGGAAAGAAAAUGCGUUUUUUUUGCGACAACCUAAAUUAUGUACAGCAUUUAAAAAUUUGAUGGGUUCAGCAUUGCCAAAAGAAUUCAGGAAAAAUAUUGAUUAUAAAGGAGAUUGUCCAAUUCCUCCUGUAAAUAUAAUUUUACUAAACCUAUUAAUCUUAUAUUUAUAAAACAUAUAUUUAUGUGUAGGGUGUAUACUUCUCAAGUGGUUUUGAUGUCACGAGUUAUGUAGCAAAUUCAAAUGUACCAAAACAAUUCUUUUAUGGGACGUACAAAACACGAAUUGCAUCAUAUGACAAAAGAAACAAUGAAAUGUCAUGCAUUAAUUUAAUAAUGGACAUUAAGCGACCUUGGGAAACCUUAUAA